AUGAACAGGCUGUUGUAUUUUCACCUAGGGCCCCUGCAGACCACAGAUCCCACCACAGAGCUAAAGAGACUCUGCACUGGCCAAGACUGCCCCCAGAGGUGGAUGUCAUCUCCCUGGUCCACCUGCUCUGUGAGCUGCGGGGGAGGGGUGCAGAGCCGCAGGGUGAUUUGCCUGCUGGGGGAACGAGUGGACGGUGUUGGCGCAACGGAGGAGAACCCCUGCGCUCAAGCCGGAAAGAGACCCCCAGACACACAGCCGUGUAACCCCCAGCCCUGCAAGUCAUGGGCAACGUCCUCCUGGAGCCCGUCUCAGUGCCACGGGCCCUGUGUGGGACUUCACUUGGCCAUGCAGAAGAGACAGGUUUUCUGUCAGGCUCAGACUGGCACCAGACUCCCCACUGUGGAGUGCAGAGCUCUUCCCAGGCCGAACUCCCACAGGAACUGCUCCACAGAGUCAUGCUUUCCACACUGGCGGACGGGAGCUUGGACACAGUGCACCGCCACCUGCGGGAGCCACGGCUUCCAGUCCCGCCGUGUGACCUGCAUCCGGCCCCGCGGGCCUUCAGGUGCACCCCUCCAGCUAAAUUGCCCCCUCAGAGGACGCCCUGCUGGCUGGCGCCGCUGCAACAUCCAGCCCUGCUCAGGGGCUGCUGAGUGCCGGGACAGCACCAGGUACUGCGAGAAGGUCCAGCAACUGGAGCUCUGCUCGUUGGCCCAGUUCAAGACCCGGUGCUGUGAGUCCUGCCGGGCCACCUGAGGGGAACGUGGGUGGAGUCAGAGUGGUGAUAUGAGGAGUGAGGCCACAGACACGCACAAGAGCCACGCCUAGACCAAGAGGCAGAGCUGAAGACGAGCCCAUGGAACCUGUUUAAAAGCACAGAUGCAAACAUUCACUUUGACUCCCAUGAAGGCUUUGUUGUUAUUAAUCUGAUCUUUUGUAGUGUUUUGCUAGAAAUAUUGUGGUAAUAUGAGGCUCCAAAGGACUCUGCAGGAACUCGGAGGCACGUAGCGGAAACCGCAGCUGGAGACUACAAUGUAGACCAACCCCCCCUUCAGGAGCUGUGGAGCACUUGCAGGAUGCAGAGAUGUGUGGAAGUGUUCGAUUAUGGAUUAUGAAUGUCCGAUGACCACAGACCGAUCACGGUUUGUCCUUGUGCUUGUUCAGUUUCCUUUCAGAAGAAAACCAGCAGCAGUCGUUUUCAGGCCAGAUUUUCUCUCUAAAACGUUGAAUCUGCAGACUUUAUUGUUGAGUAUUUUGAAAAAUGCACAUGCUGCUGCGGAGACAGCCUCACGUCAGUUGUCCCGUGGACAACAGAAAACCAAAGACCGGAAUUCGUUUGGACCUUCACUCUAUGUCCCUAUUUGAAUCUAUUCUAAAAAUACUCACAACUGACACCCAAGACACAGUGGAGACAUCAGCAGGCUCUUUAUCGCACUGCUUAAUACAGAACAGAAUUAAAUUGUGCUAAAAAUUCAAAAAUGUCGACUUUUUUAAAAAAAAUUAAAGAGUAACAAGUAAUCCUUGACAUGCUCUUCAAACAUUCAACGUUUCUGCACAAUGCAAUUAAAUAAAAGUAAUAAUAGAAAUGCACCUGCAAUGAAAAAUAACCCACCAUUCGCUCACAGUGUAAUUCACAUUUAACGGUAACAGAUUUGCUGCACUAAUUUCCUUUAUUAGUCAUCAAGCAAGAAGUUUACUCUGUGCUGUGAUCUUCAAGCCAGUAAUUUAUAUCACAAUAGUUGGCUUUCAUUUCAUAAGAAUUCGGGCUGAAACAAAUUUUCUGAAAACUUUCCACUGAAAGCUGUUAUUUCUUCACAUGUGUAACACCCUUCUGAAACAAUAAAACACAUUUUUUUGGAAACACAGUUCAUGGAUGUCAGUUGAGUACGAAAUGUAAGCAUUUUAACAGAGUUUUUUACUGUUCUUUCCAGAUUUUAGGUUGCAAGAUUCUCGCUUCACAUAAUGUUCAGUUACCAAAGUACCAUGAAGAUGCAAAGGUUUUAUAAAGUGUGCAUCCAUAUUCAGAUUUUCUACAUUUUAUUUAUCUAGAAAAUCUGAAUAUGGAUGCACACUUUAUUCAACCUUUUUGUAGUUUAAUAUUGUAUUUUACAGUCCAGUCUGAAGCAGUAAGAGUUUGAGCAGAAUGAAUAGUGAAAGAGUGGUCAUUGAAAAUCUGUCACUGUGGUGCAAGUCUUGAAGUUUUGUAAAUAAUUUUGAUGAGAUUUUUGCUUUGGUAGAACUUUGUUAAUGAACUUUCCUACAGCUAUUUAUUACAGUGCAAUGAUUGUGUAAAUAAGAGAUUUGCUGUAUAGUUCUGUUUCUUGUACAUAUCCUUGUGUGGCGUCUCAUAGUGACAGUCAAAUGCAUGCCAUGGGAUUUUCAAUUUUGUCUUUAUGUUUUUGUUUUUGCUGUGCUCAGUGAUACUGUACCAGGUCUGGUUGUCCCGCUUAAUAAAAUCAUUAACAUUCCUUAGCUACUGUACAUUUGCCAGUGAUCGCCUCUGUUGGAACAGUUUUCUUUUGUUGCAAAAUGGCAUUUUGGGAAGAACACAGUUUCACAGCGGGUGGCACUGGCGCCUCACAACUUCUAGGCUGUGGGUUUGUAUGUGGGUUCAGAUUCAGCUUAGUCUGUGUAAUUUGCA